UUCCCCGCCACCCAUUAAACAACCAAAUACGAGUUUUAUUUGAGGUUUCAGUUGAAACAUCACCAAAGGCUCUUACCAAAGGCCAGAAAAUGGCGUUAAGGCUUACACCAUCUCCAGUGUCCACGUGCACUCGUGGAAAACCCAGACUCACUACACUUUUCACCUCAAGAUCCAAAUAUUCCUUUCAAUUUCGUCCAAAACCCUUCAGAAUCUUGGAGUUGGAAUCUAGAAAGAUGAGUUUAAAGGUGAAUGCUUGCCAGAAAUUGGAUGAGAAGAUCGUAUCAGAAAAGGGUAGCCAAUGGGGAAAAGUGUCGGCGGUGUUGUUUGAUAUGGAUGGAGUGCUUUGCAAUAGUGAAGAACCUUCAAGAAGAGCGGCUGUGGAUGUUUUUGCUGAAAUGGGUGUUCAAGUUACUGUUGAUGACUUUGUGCCGUUCAUGGGCAUGGGUGAAGCAUACUUCUUAGGUGGUGUUGCUUCUGCUAAGAGUGUUGAAGGAUUUGAUCCCAACGCUGCAAAGAAGAGAUUUUUUGAGAUAUAUUUAUCAAAGUACGCAAAACCGAAUUCUGGCAUAGGUUUCCCUGGUGCUUAUGAACUUGUCUCUCAGUGUAAAAGCAGUGGUCUCAAAGUUGCUGUUGCAUCUAGUGCUGAUAGGAUUAAAGUUGAUGCAAACUUGGCUGCGGCAGGUUUACCAAUAACGAUGUUUGAUGCAAUUGUAUCUGCUGAUGCUUUUGAAAAUUUGAAGCCUGCUCCUGAUAUUUUCUUGGCUGCAUCACGGAUUCUUGAUGUUCCCACUAGUGAG